UAGCUUCUUUUGAUAUAUAACCGAACAACAGUAGUAGCUGCAAUCAUUUUCGAAACCUUAGGUCCUUUUGGCCCUUUACAGUCGUUUUGUAUAAUUUUUAAUUGUUUGUUGCGUUGAGGAAUGCAUUUACUAGUAAAUUAUGCUGCGGUUCUGCUGUUGACGGGUAUUAAUGCGGUCCCGGCGGCGGAAAAUUGCACUCUUGCCAAUGUAUACGGUGUUGCAUCGUGCACCAUCGCUUUAAAUCAUUGGUCCUUUUCUCCAGAGGCCCAGGCAAACAUCCCAGAUAUUUCCCAAGUUACGGACGCCACACUCGCUUCCUUAUGCCAAGUUUCACGAGAGAUUGUUGCCUGUAUCAAGGAGGUAUCAGGACCCUGCACGAAAGGAUCGAUGGCAGAUCUUCAGGAAGCCAUGGUCAAAGGGCAACCGCUGUUAGAAGAUACGUGCAAAAGGCCUGAUUUUGGCAAUAACCUACGCACUCUGCUUCGUUGUGUCAGUAAACUCAAUCAGACUGAAGGAAUCAAGACACUAGCAUGUGCCCAUAAAGCAACUAAUCAGUUCCUGACAAAUUCGACGAAAGGGGACGACGGGGAUACUGAUAUUAUCAAAACUUUCUGCUGCAAUGCUAAAGCUUUCUUGGAAUGCAGCGGAAAUGAAGUGGCGGAUAACUGCGACCAGGAAGCCCAGCAAAAGCUCAGCAAGAUCCGAGAUACACUAUUUGAGACGUUUCAGUGCAACGGUCCCCGCGGUGCGAACUGUCCAGCUUGGUCGCCGGGGCUUCCUGAUGCCCGCGAUGUGCAAUGGAACAUGUUGUCGCUAACGACGACUGACGAAAUGAGAGCACUGAUGGCUAGUGCCGGCAUUCAAUUUUAAAUCGCUUUUAGUGUAAAAAGUUUUAAAUCACUUUUAGUGCAAAAACUGCUUGCCAUUGUGUCUGAAAGCGUAAUUAUUUUUGCAGGAAAAUAGAACAAACGCAACACAUUUGUUUUUAAUGUUCGUCCUGCUUUUUGUUGUUUUGUUAACAGCAAAAUUUCGAAUUGCAUUGUAAUCCUCUUGUAAUCCUUGCAUGUUGUCGCGGGUUGCACUGUGACCACUCGUCCUUCCACUCGAUAAAUUGUUUGAACAACUG